CCCAGUACCCCCCACAAAAAAGAACUCAUCUAGCCAGUGAGAUAACCAAAAUUUAAAACUCUGCUUCAAAGUCCACCAUUAAGAAAGUGAGAAUGCAAACCAACCACGACCAGCUUGUCAGGUUUUUUUAAAGGUUACUUAUAAUAGGUUGGAACUACCACAGGGAACAAGGGGAGAAUGUCUGGCCUCAGAAACUAAGAUCUAAUCUGGUUUCACUAGCAUCUUCUAUUCCACCUAGGACACAUCCUCUUUUUGAGACAAGAGUUCAAAGUGUUCCAGGCUGGCCUCGAUCUCGAGACCUUCCUGCUUCACCCUCCCGCAUGCUGGGACUACAGGCUUGUGCCACCACCCCAACCGUGGGUACACCCUCUGAGACUCUAGCACCAGAGCAGGAGCUAGGCUCGCUGGCACUUGCCGGUAACCCUGCGCACUUCCUUGCCCAUGCGCACUGCUAGUACACUGAGAAUUAAAAUCAGGCGGAUCCCGGCGUUUGUGCAGUCCUUCCGGCUGCUUUCCCAGGAGGAUUUUUGGACUCCGGCCUGGUUUUCCCACAAGCAACCGCGGCCCCGAAUAUUUAGGCUUGAACUACAUUUCCCAGAGGGCUACGGGCGGGCCCGUUCUAUGGCUUUCCUUCUUUCUUUGCGUGGUUUUUGCGCUUUUCAGGGUUAGUUGAACUUAUUUCACUAUACUGUAAACUAAAGGUGCUCGCUGACAAGACUCUGGGAAACCGGAUUAAAUUGGAGCUAGACCUGAAUCCCCGAGGACUGGAAAAAGCCCUUCAAAGAAUGGAACCCCGCAGUAUGGACGGCUCGUUGUAAACCGGAAUCUCAGGCCUGUGUAUUCGUACAGCAGUUCUAGAUUCUUAGGAGUUUAAAUUUUUCCAGCAGUGGACCAUUGAGGAGGACUAAUCAGAUCUUACAUCUCUGAAACCAUGAUCUGUUUUCAGGAAUUAGUGACAUUCGGGGACGUGGCCAUAGACUUUUCUCAACAGGAGUGGGAAUACCUGGACCUUAGACAGAGGGACUUGUACAGGGAUGUGAUGCUGGAGAACUACAGGAACCUCGAGUCUCUGGGACAUUCCAUUUCUAAGCCAGAUGUGAUUGAUUUAUUGGAGCAAGGAAAAGAGCCCUGGACAGGUUUGGAUUUACAGUAUAAGAUAAUCAGCUAUCUAAAAAUGCCCACUUAUGAAAAGGAUAAUUCUUCUACACGACGCCAGAACAUAUAUACCAGAGAGAAACUCUAUAAAUGUACAAAAUGUCAAAAGAAAUUUAGUAGUGGCCAUCAACUUAUUCUGCAUCACAGGUUUCAUAUUGAGAGACCCUACGAGUGCAAAGAAUGUGGGAAGAACUGUCGCAGUGGCUAUCAACUGACACUACAUAAGAGAUUUCAUGCUGGUGAGAAACCCUAUGAAUGUACAGAAUGUGGGAAUAACUUUAAAAGUGGCUAUCAGUUUACUGUACAUCAGAGAUUUCAUAGUGGUGAGAAAACAUAUGAAUGUCAAGAAUGCGGCAAGGCCUUUAUUUAUUCCUCACACAUCAUUCAACAUGAGCGAAUUCACACUGGUACAAAGCCUUAUGAAUGUCAGGGAUGUGGCAAAGCCUUUAGUCAAGUUGGCCACCUUAGAAAUCACCAGAGAAUUCAUACUUGUGAAAAACCCUAUAAAUGUAAGGAAUGUGGGAAGGCUUUUAGUAGGUGCUCCAGUCUUGUUGAACAUAGGCAAACUCAUACUAAUGAGAAACCAUAUGUGUGUGAGAAAUGUGGGAAGGCUUUUAGAAGAGAUCAUCAACUUAUUGCACAUCAGAGUAUUCACACUGGCAAAAAACCAUAUGAAUGUAAAGAAUGUGGGAAAGGCUAUAACACUGCCUCAUACCUUAUUCUACAUCAGGAAAUUCAUAAAGGUGGGAAACCAUAUGAAUGCAAGGAGUGUAAAAAAACUUUUAUUUUAUAUAAGAAUCUUGUUCGACAUCAGAAUCUUCAUACUGGUGACAAACUUGAAUGUAGGCAAUGUGGAAAGAUCUGUACAACUGGCUCAAAACUUUUUCAACAUCAGAAAACUCAUACUGAUGAGAAACCCUAUGAAUGUAAGGAAUGUGGGAAGGCUUUUAGCUUGUAUGCUUACCUCAGACAACAUCAGAAAAUUCAUCUUGGUUUGAAAUGCUUUGAAUGUGAGAGGUGUAAAAAAACCUUUAGUUCAUAUAGGAAUCUAACUCGUCAUCAGAAUAUUCAUACAGGUAUGAAACUUUUUGAAUGUCAGGAAUGUGGAAAGGCCUAUACUACUCGCUCAAACCUUGUUCAACAUCAGAAAACUCAUACUGGUGAGAAACCCUAUGAAUGUAAGGAAUGUGGAAAGGCCUUUAGCUUGCAUGGAUACCUCAGUCAACAUCAGAAAAUCCAUCUUGGUAUGAAACGCUUUGAAUGUAAGGACUGUAAGAAAUCCUUUACUUUGUAUAGGAAUCUUACCCGUCAUCAGAAUAUUCAUACUGGUAAGAAACUUUUUAUAUGUCAGGAAUGUGGAAGGGCCUAUACUACUCGCUCAAACCUUGUUCAACAUCAGAAAACUCAUACUGGAGAGAAACCCUAUGAAUGUAAGGACUGUGGGAAGGCCUUUAGCUUGCAUGGAUAUCUUAAUCAGCACCAGAGAAUCCAUACUGGUGUGAAACCCUAUGAAUGUAAGAUAUGUAGAAAAACCUUUACUUUCUGUAGAAAUCUUACUCUACAUCAGAGUAUUCAUACUGAUGAGAAACCUUUUGAAUGUAAAGAAUGUGGGAAGACCUUUAGACGUAGUUCACACCUUAUGGCACAUCAAAAUAUUCAUGCUGAUAAGAAACCCUAUGAAUGCAAAGAAUGUGGAAAGGCCUUUAAAAUGUGUGGAUACCUUACACAGCAUCAGAAAAUUCAUGCUGGUAGAAAACCUCAUGAAUGUAAGGAAUGUGGGAAGGCCUUUAUUCGAUCUUCAAACCUUGUUCAACAUGAAAGAAUUCAUACUGGUGAGAAACCCUAUGUUUGCGAGCAGUGUGGGAAAACCUUUAGAUAUGGUUCAGCCCUUAAAGCACAUCAGAUGAUGCACACUGGUGAGAAGCCUUAUAAAUGUAAGGAAUGUGGGAAAGCCUUUAGUCGUCCUUCAGACCUUAGAGUACAUCAGAGAAUUCACACUGGUGAGAAGCCUUAUCGAUGUGAAGAGUGUGGAAAGGCCUUUAGUCGUGGUUCGCACCUGACUCAACAUGAAAGAGUUCAUACUGGAGAGAAAUCCUACGUAUGUCAUGAAUGUGGGAAGGCCUUUAGUGAAGUUGGAAGACUGAAAAUACAUCAAAGAAUUCAUACUGGUGAGAAACCCUAUGAAUGUAGGGAAUGUGGGAAGGCCUUCAGUCAAGCCUCAAACCUAGUACAACAUGUUAGAAUUCAUACUGGUGAAAAACCCUAUGAAUGUAAAGAAUGUGGGAAGGCCUUUAGUCACCCCUCACACCUCAUUCGACAUGAAAGAACUCAUACUGGUGAGAAACCUUAUGAAUGUGAACAGUGUGGGAGAGCUUUUAGCAGUAGCCACCAACGUACUAUACACCAUAGACUUCAUACUGGUGAGAAACCCUAUGAAUGUAAGGAAUGUGGGAAAGCCUUUUGUGUCUAUGGACGACUUACUCAACAUCAGAGUAUCCACAGUGGUGAGAAACCCUUUCAAUGUACCAAAUGCAAGAAAUCCUUUAGGCUCAGUUCAGGCCUUAAAGUACAUGAGAGUGUUCAUACUGGUGAGAAACCCUUUGGAUGUAACAAAUGUGGGAAGUCCUUUAGGCUAAGUUCAACCCUUAAAGUACAUCAGAGAAUUCAUACUGGUGAGAAACCCUAUGAAUGUAAACAAUGUGGAAAAGCCUUUAAUCGUGCAUCCAACCUGCUACAACAUCAGAAAAUUCAUACUGGCGAAAAACCCUAUAAAUGUGAGGAAUGUGGGAUGACCUUUAGUCGUAAUAUAGAUCUUAGAGUUCAUCAGAGGAUUCAUACUGGUGAGAAACCCUAUCAAUGCAAAGAGUGUGGAAAGGCCUUUAGUCGUGCCUCAUACCUAACUCAACAUAGAAAAGUUCAUACUGGUGAGAAAUCUUAUGUAUGUCAUGAAUGUGGGAAGGCCUUUAGUAAAGGUGGAAAACUUAAAAUACAUCAAAGAAUUCAUACUGGUGAGAAACCCUAUGAAUGUAAGGCAUGUGGGAAGACCUUUAGUCAGGCCUCUCACCUUGUGCAGCAUGACAGAAUUCAUACUGGUGAAAAACCCUAUGAAUGUCAUGAAUGUGGAAUGACCUUUAGUCGUGGAAUAGAUCUUAGAGUACAUCAUAGAAUUCAUACUGGUGAGAAACCUUGUAAAUGUAAAGAAUGUGGGAAAGCCUUUAGUUGUACCUCAAAUCUUGUACAACAUGAGAGAAUUCAUACUGGCAAGAAGCCUUAUGAGUGUGAAGAAUGUGGAAUGACUUUUAGUCGUAUUUAUCAACUCAUUCCUCAUCAGAGAAUGCACACUGGUGUGAAACCCUUUGAAUGUAAAGAAUGUGGGAAGGCCUUUAGUCGCACCUCAGCACUUAUUCAACAUGAGAGAAUGCAUACUGGUGAGAAGCCCUAUAAAUGUAAAGACUGUGGAAAGGCCUUUAUUCAUGGUGGUAGCCUUAAGAUACAUCAGAAAAUUCAUACUGGUGAAAAACCCUAUGAAUGUAAAGAAUGUGGGAAGGCCUUUCGUCGUACCUCAGACCUUGUUAGGCAUGAAAGAAUUCAUACUGGUGAAAAACCCUAUAAAUGUCAGGAGUGUUGGAAGGCCUUUGGUCAUAUUGAAAGCCUUCGAAUGCAUCAUAGACUUCAUACUGGUGAGAAACCCUAUGAAUGUAAGGAGUGUGGGAAGUCUUUUAAGAGUAGCCAUCAACUUACUGUACAUCAGAGAAUCCACACCGGUGAAAAACCCUAUGAAUGUAAGGAGUGUGGGAAGGCCUUUAGUGUAUAUACACGACUUACUCGACAUCAGAGUAUUACAGUGGUGAGAAGCCUUUUCAGUGUAACAAAUGUGGGAAAUUCUUUAGGCUUAAUUCAAGUCUUAAAGUACAUCAAAGAAUUCAUACUAGAGAAAAACCUUACCAGUGAAAGAGCUUUGGAAAGUGCCAUAUAUAAUAGGUAAUAUACAACUCAUCAAUGUAUUUAUAACAUUGAUAAACAAUAUGAAAAGAAUGUGGGAAUGCUUUUAAAUAUGGUUCAGUUCUUAUAAGACGUUAGUUUACAUUGUGAAAGCUCCACAGACUAUACAUUAUAUUUAGAGUUGUUAUGAUUCAAAUAUUCAUAUUUAGAGAAUUUCUAGUGUAUUUUUAUGUGAUAUAAGAAAACCUUCAUUCUUCUCAAUCAUUGAUUAUCAGUAUAUUCACAUUUGAGGAAAAUUCAGAGAAUGUAGAGAUGUCUUUGUUUUUUAUGUUUUUAUUUAUGAAAGCUUUCUGGCCCUGUUAAUUAUUAUUAACUUUGAGCAAAUUCAUACCACUGAAAAUUCCUACUGACCUAACAAGUACAGAAAAAAUAAUGUGAUUGCCAUUCUAUGCUUUAGAGUGUAUAUGACAUUGGGAAAGAUAGUUAUCCUUCUGGGAGUGUUCUGCAAGUGAUGAUAACUGUACCUACAUUAUAGUGCUGUACAGAAAUGUAGAAAAUUUGGAACCCUUUCUCAUAUAUCAUUUCUAUUCAGUAAGUAUUAUAUACUAUUUUUAAUAUUAUAUUGCUAUUAACAAAUUAUUAUGAGUCUAUAAGUAUGAUAAUUUUAGAAAAGCUUCAUGUAAUUGCUUAUAUUUUUUAAGUUUUAAAUUAUUUCUGAUUAAAAUCUAGUAGAAUGUAAAAAAAAGAUUUAAAAUACAAAUUUUUUGGUUGGAUUUUUGUUUUUUUGCUGUUUUUUUUUUAUGGUACUGAAGAUUGAAACCAGUUGCACUGAGCUUACAUUUCCAGGCCCUUUUAAGUUACCAUAUAUAUAUUUUUUUUUUUUAAUUUUUUUUUUGUAUCUGGGAUUAAACUCAUGACCUUGUGCUUG